GGUCUCCAGGGACCAGGGCCUGGGGAAGGAGCCUGUGGGCCUUGGGCCUGGGGCUGGAGGCUCUUGUCUUGUGGCAGGAAGUGUCAGGUGCUGAGCAGUAAGAGCUGGGAGGUGGCGGAGCCAGAGGGUGUGUGGCUGUGGUGAGGGGAGCGGAAGUCAGAAGCUGCAGCGCCACACUAGCUGCACAGGCAGUGUGCAGCAGGAAGUGCUCCUGGGGAGCGCGGGCCACUCACGCCCCUUGGGCCCUCUGGAGGGUAGAUGCGGAUACACAGGGACCUCCCCUGGUUGGCGUUCCUCCUAAUCCACAUCAUGGGGUUGUGAAAACAGACCCUCCCAGGGACUCCUGCGCAGAUUAUGCUCUGUGGAUGAUGGGUGACGACAGACCCUCUGACCACUUCCAACCUGUGGAGUUUCUCGACAUCUGUUUGGGAGACAACCUACAGCCCUACCCAGGAACAUGCUCCAGGGAAAACGGUAGCUCUCCCAAUUCUCCUGAACCUUGUGGGGAAAAAUCUUGGGCCUUUGACCCUCCUGAACCUCCUGAAUCCACCAGACAAGAUGCUCCUUUCUGGGAUGCUGGUGUGGAGCCUACACACUUGGAAAGCUGCUCUUUCCAGAGGGAGAGCAAGCAGACAGAAACAUCCCAAGGAAUGUCUGGAGAUAGCUGUCCUGUGGAGAGCCCAAGGCAGAACCAGAGCACAUCCACACAGGUGGUGUUCUGGGCAGGCAUCCUGCAGGCCCAGAUGUGCGUCCUCGACCUGGAGGAGGAGCUGGAGAAGACAGAAGGGCUCAGGGCUGGGCUGAGGCGCUGUGUCCCCACACUCCCAGCAGACUCCCCUGGGGACGUGGACUUGCACCCCACCCCACCUGCAGAGGCGAACUUGGUGGAAGACAGCAGUGGAUCUGAAGGGGAGAACCAAGUAUGGCCGAGGGUGGGAACACCAGGCUCUUCUCCAGAGUGGGGUGCUGAGGAAGAGAGUGUGUUCUUCAACAACCCCCUUUUCCUGGAGACUCCUUGCUCAGAGACCAGUGUCCCUGAAGAGUGCUUUUCCUGGGGGUUCCCAGACUCCCAUGUGGACAUGAGGACUGGGUCUGACAGCCCACACACUCUGGAGCCUUCACUCCCAGAAGACACAGUGACAUGGGAGCUGGGAAACACACUGGAUUUGGGGGACAGCUCUGCUGAUUCUGGUGGGUGUACCACCCCCCCAUUCCCUGUGCCCACCUACAGACCACACACCUGCUGGGUCUCAGUGGCUGCUGAUGAGGAGGCUCCUGCAGCACCUUCUCUUCAGGAGGGGAGUGAGACUUCUCUGGAAGACAGGCUUGGUCCUGCCCCAUGUGCAGCCCCCUGUGUGGACAAGGCAUUGACCUGGGAAACAGGACACACUGGAUCUAACCUCAGUCGUGCUACACAUCCUGUGCAACUUUGGGACCCUCCCAGCCCCGAGGACUGGCAGACAGAGGAGGGUCCUUCCUGGCCCCAGAGACCUCUUAUCUCCCAUGCCAGAGGUGAAGGGGAUGCUGGGUGUCCCCAAGAACCUGCUCCCUGCACCCUGGCCUCUGGCCCCUGGGGAAGUCCAGCUUCUUCACCACAGCCCAGCAGCCCAGAGUCCGAGAGAAGCAGCCUUGGCCCCAAGCCCAGUCCCGCGUCCUCCCAGGAGGGCAGCCCGCAGCUCCGGCGCCACAACUCAGGCAUUUCUCCCAAGCUGGCACUAGAUGCUCUCUGCUCUUCACUCUUGGAGACGGAUGGAGCAGAGCCAAGUUCUCUGGAGCAAGAGGAGGUCAGAGAGGCCCCAAGCCCAGGGACUGAAGUAAAGAGUGAAGGCCCAGCCAGAGCUGUGGAGGCUGGAGGCAUCCAGCCCAGCGUGCACGUGACCUCUACAGAAGGGUUUCCUGAGAACCCCAUGCCUCAAGCACAGCGCCCCCCAGAAGGCCAGAGGCCACUGCCUGGAGACAAGCUGGCUAAUGGCGUCAGGAAUGACCAGGUGGCCCGGAACUUGGCGUCACGCCUCUAUCAUCUGGAGGGCUUCAGAAAGUCCGAAGUGGCUGCCUACCUGCAGAAGAACAACGACUUCAGCAGGGCUGUGGCUCAGGAAUAUUUGUCAUUUUUCCAGUUUGGAGGCCAGAGCCUGGACCGAGCCCUCCGGGGCUUCCUCCAGGCCCUGGUGCUCAGUGGAGAGACCCAGGAGCGGGAGCGAAUCCUCUACCAGUUCUCCAGACGUUUCCACCACUGCAACCCUAGGCUCUUCCCCUCCGUAGAUUCUGUCCACACCUUGACCUGCGCAAUCAUGCUCCUUAACACGGACCUGCACGGACAGAACAUUGGGAAGAGCAUGAGCUGCCAGGAAUUCAUAGCCAACCUGCACGGCCUACGGGACGGUGGGGACUUCCCCAAGGAGCUACUGAAGGCCCUCUACUGGUCUAUUCGGAGUGAGAAGCUCGAGUGGGCCAUGGAUGAAGAAGACCCAGCCAGACCUGAGAAAGCCCAGCCAUCUCCCCCCAUUGGCAAGAUGAGCAACCCCUUACUGCAGCUAGCUCAGGACCCCACAGCACCCACCUACAAGCAGGGCAUCCUGGCUCGGAAGAUGCAUCACGAUGCAGACGGCAAGAAAACGCCCUGGGGCAAGCGCGGCUGGAAGAUGUUCCACACCUUACUACGAGGGAUGGUUCUCUACUUCCUGAAGGGAGAAGACCAAUGCCCCGAGGGGGACCGUUUGCUGGGGCAGAUGGUAGAUGAGCCCGUGGGGGUGCACCACUCGCUGGCCACCCCUGCCACUCACUACACCAAGAAGCCACACGUCUUCCAACUGCGGACUGCGGACUGGCGCCUCUACCUCUUCCAGGCACCCACCGCCAAGGAGAUGAAUUCCUGGAUCGCGCGCAUCAACCUGGCGGCUGCCACGCACUCGGCGCCACCCUUUCCGGCGGCCGUGGGCUCCCAGCGCAAAUUCGUGCGACCCAUCCUGCCCAUGAGCCCAGCCCAGAGCUCCCUGGAGGAGCAGCAUCGAUCCCACGAAAACUGCCUGGAUGCCGCCUCCGAUGACCUGCUGGAUCUGCAGAGGAACUUACCGGAGCGGCGGGGCCGCAGCCGGGAGCUGGAGGAAUACCGCUUGCGCAAGGAGUAUCUGGAAUACGAGAAAAGCCGCUACGAGACAUAUGUACAGCUGCUGGUGGCUCGCCUGCACUGCCCCUGUGACGACCUGGAGCAGUUGGAGGAGCAGCUGGGGAGGGAAGCUGGCAGCACUCAGGAGCCCAAGCCUAGCCUGAAGAAGUCCCACUCAAGCCCAUCUCUGCACCAAGAUGAGGCCCCUACCACGGCCAAAGUGAAGCGCAACAUCUCAGAGCGCAGAACGUACAGGAAGAUCAUCCCCAAGCGGAACCGCAAUCAGCUGUGAAGCUGGUGCUACCUCACAGACACUGGCCUCUGCUUUGGGUAGGCCCGAGAUGAAGCCCCGUAGAGAAGCCAUCUUCCUGUGGACCCUGACAAAAGAUGGGGCACCUCACCUUCCCUGCUGAAGGACAGCCCUUGUUUCCCUGUGGUCCGUAUCCCUUGCUCACCGAGCUUUCCUCAUUGCACUAUGCCCCCAGUUCCUUGGCAGUCCCUCAACUGCCCGAGCCCUGGCCACUCCCAAGGGAAGAAGCACUUCGAGGACUCGCUCCUCUUGCAGUUUGUCCCAUGCCACCUUUCAUCUUCCAGAAUCAAGCAUGGCCUCGUUUCCUGGUGGCAGCUCAGUGGUUAUUGUAAGCCUGGGCUUCUGGGAGAACCUGGGAAAGCAAAAACCUCUGGGCCACCAGCAGGGGUGCCACAGCCUGAGGAGGGUCUUGCUCUGGGAAUUAGGGGACCUGUGGGGGAGGUCCUAGGAGUACAGAUCAGGGCAGUCUUCUGGGAGGAACCUGCGCAAGCUUGCAGGGCUCGGUGAGGCUGUGGGACCUCUGGCUUUGUCUUCUGGCCCCUUUCCUGCUACAGUCAUCCAUGUGCUAGGGGCAGAUGAGAGUGCCUCGCACACCGAUUGCUGAUCAACAGAGCAGAGCCGAUGGUAGGAGUGAGGGUCGGAGUGGUGGGGGCUUCCUGAGCUCCAUGGAGAACCCCAGAGCCUGGGAACAAGGAGCCUUUGUUUCCCCAGAGCAGAGAAGGUGGUUCUCCAGGGUCAGACCCCAGGCAAGGGUGGAGGAGUAAGAGGUAGUGAAAUUUCUCCAGGGGGGUCUGCCCAGCUGGAGCCAUGGGUGUGAGAGAUGGGAUAGACUGCAGGCCCAGAGACCAGAUGAGGCCUGGGCCAGGUUCAGGAAACCCCUCCCUGAACCCCUUCCUGUACACCCCUUUAGUUUUAUUCCUGAGAAGUGCUAGGACCCCUACUUCACCUUCAGCCAGCUCUCAGGGGCUUUGCUGCCCUCCCCGGGAAAUACCCUUGCCCUGCCCUCUGGCUGCCUCCCAGCUGGACCUGUUCUCCGGGGGAGGUUCCGGAGACUCGGGACUUGGGGCUCUGCCUGUGGGAAGGAGGCUGGGCUGGAGGGAGCAGCCACCAUUGUCUCUGCUCAGCCAAGUGUGUGAGCAGGCCGUCCGCCAAGAGGGGGCCUCCGCUGCCCGCCUGCCGGCUGACGCACUGCCUCUCUGGCCUUCCUGCUGGGCCACCCUCUGCCUUUUUGAUGCUUCUAGUCAACCCCGGGGACUGGAACUCCACGAAGGGGCCUCAUAGGAGUCUCUGGCCAGGGUGGGGCUGAAUCUUGUACACCAUGGGUGUGCGAUGAACUCAGGCCACGAAGAAGGAGGUUGUGUGUAUGUGUGCAAGGCAGGGAGGAUCAGGCAGCUGGGGCAUGGCAGCGUGCUGGGGCCCUGGGCGCAGACGUGUGUCUGUCUAUGUGUAGAAGCCUACAUCUAUGUGUUCAUGUGUACACAGGAGUCACACAGUUACAGGCUGUCCUAGUAGAGGAGACCUUAUCCCCUUACUCAUUCAUUCAUUCAUGCAUUUCACAUAUAGCUCUGAGCGCUUGUUUAGGCCAGUACUGGGGGAUUUAAAAUGAAUUAAAUACACCCCUGACUCUGUGAGUGGACAGCCUUGCCUGCUGGUUCCCAGCUAUCAGCGCAGAGACACGCUUUCUCUUGCUGGGCUAGCGUGAUGCACAGACGCAUUGCAGACCCACACCCAGAGAUUCUGACUCAGUAGGCCUGCAUCAGGACGUUGGAUGUAUAUGAGUGAAGUCCGUGGGUACCUCUGAGAUGCAGUAGCAAGUAACAGCCAUGGUGGGGUCCAGUUGCCUCCUUUUACUGAGGUGGAAGCCUUGGCCCAGGGGGGUGCUUUGAAUGGAUUAUUUGGCCUCACUGAACAUAGAUCUUUAUUUCUAAAACCAGAUUUUAGCCUAGUGGAGGUUCAGCUGCUGGAUGCGUGACACUCUGAUGCUCCUUUACUCCUGUAGAACCAGCCCCUCCCUUUCCCCUGGGUAUGUGAAGCCUUCAGAAUCCAGUGGUCCUGACUGCCUGGCCUCGCCUAUCAAUGCCCAGGCACCUCUGUUGGUUGGCCUGGGUUGUUGGGCUACAGUUGUGACCUGUGACCACUGGGAGGCAGGCUUGCAUCUUUCUAGCUCCCAGAUGCUCAGGUGUCAGGCCACAAGAGCUGUGCUCAUUGAAAGGCAGGAAGUUUGGGUGCACUGGGACCUCUACUUUCAGAACACCAUGGUGGCCCAGGCUAGGACUCUCACCAUCUCGGGAUCCCUCCACAAGUAAAGGGUUUGAUCUGUGACAUUUUCCUGAAGAUGGAGGGGAAGAAGAAAGUUUCUGGAGCCUUAUGAAGACUGCCUAGAGCUCCCCACAGCAUUGCUCCAGGUGACCCAUGACCGUAGACACUGAGUGGGCCCGUCCCAGUCCUGGGUUUUGAGAAAAUCACAUCUACAUAGGCCUAGAUCUGACCUUGUCUCCUGCUCCCUCCUUUCCCACCUGUGUAGUGUGUGGUUCCUCAGCAAGGAAAGGGGACCGAAGUCCUUGGUAAUGAGCUCAGGUUUCUCCAUAGGUGGUGGCUUCAGUUCUUCUUCCAUCAAGGAGACCUCAGCCUCCCGGGGGCUGGACCUGCUGUGAUCCAGGGUGACAUCCCCAAUUUGAUGUCUUCCUGGUCUCCCAUGGUCUCUGCGGGGCCUGGCUUUCUGCCGUCAUUCAUUUGUCUGCUGUUUACGAGGCACCAGGGAAGAUUUAAAGGUCAUUAAGGUCCAAGGCUUGCAUCCCUUCCCUUGGAGACUGGCUCAGUCUUCUGAAGGUAGAGGCGGUAAGAGGGAUGUGUUUGGAUUAAAAGGAGGUGGGCUGGAGGGCCAGGAUGUGGGGGCCGAUGCCAGAUGAUAAGGGUUUUGAAUACACCUAAGGAGUAUGACAUCUUAGGAAUGUGCAGUGUCAUUUUCAAGCAGAAGACUCAUAGGCUCAGGGUUGAGGAGGUAGCCUGGGAGUUUUUCUUUAAGAAGAUGAACCAAAUAAGUAAGGCCAAUGGGUAGGGUCAGAAUAUGGCCUAAAACCACGCUGUACUAUCUGUGCAACUUUUAUGUAAAUCUGACGUUGUUAAAAUAAAAUGAAAAGGAGAAAAGACAAUGGCCUGGAACCUUGAGACAACUUGGCAACACCUGAUUCUUCUCCACCCCCCCUCCCCCGGCCCACCUGUCCGGCCUACACACUUGCUCCCAGAUAGUUAAGGGUUUCCGACAUGGCCCCUCUCGCUAAUGUGUCCUUUGCUCACACCCGUACCUGCUCCCUCCCUCUUCCCUUCUCCAGAGGAAGUGGUGCUGCCUGCACACCUGUUACUGCCACCCUACCCCCAGCCUGCAUACACCCCCUCUUCUGCUUGCCAUGGACUUCUCUCCAACAGGCAUCUAUGGCCCUUUUCUCCACUCCCUCCAUAAUCCUGCCUUGCAAAAAUCUUCAAGAAUGAUCAUCACGAGGAAGAAGAGAAAGCAAAGCCUGGAUUAGACUCUGCUUCCUCUGGCUGAGACCUGCUUAGCACCUCUCUGUGAUGGAUUCAUGGGGCAUAGGCUCUUUGCCAGCUGUUUCUCUUCCUUGUCUGGCUCCCGCUCAUACCUGGAUCUCCCUCACACCUUACAAACUGGCUUCCACCUCACUGCUCCUGGAAAUGCCACUCCUGAGGGCUACUGAUGACUUCCGGUCAUCAAAUCCAAGGUCUUAGCCUACAUCUCCAUCACCUCUCAGCAAUCUUUGGCUCUGCCAGCCACAUAACUGGCCUGAGCCUGCACCAAGGCCCAGCGUGAUCUGACCUCGGUGGUCUGGUGUUGGAGUCAGACUGCCUGGGAAUAAGUAUUAGCUGUACCUGUUCUAGCUGUCUGACCCUGGGCCAGUGAUUUGACCUCUUGUGCGCUAUGCAAUGAGGAUAAUAACACUACUUACCUCACAGGAUCCUCGUGAGGUUUAAGUGAAAUUAUGCACGUAAACAUCUCAGAACAAUGCCUGGUGUAGAGGAAAGUCUGGUGAAGUCAUCUGUUAGCACACAGCCUUGCUGACUUCCUGUGCACCCACCCCUUCUUCUCUGGGCUCUGGCAUAAGUUUUGCCCUCAAACACUGUCUCCUCUGAUGCUGGGUCGCUGCACUUGCCUCUCCCAGUGCCUGGAAGUGGCAAGUAACAAAUCUUAGCUCCAAUGGGCUUUAACAGACAAAUACAUUGAUUGGUUCCAGAAACAGAAACCUUUGGAGAUGAUGGGGGUAAAGACAAUACCAUCCAAAGGAGAGAGACUGGGAUCAGCUGCUGGGAAAUUCUGCAUUGCAAGGACAGGUUAGGAGGAAGGAGCGGUGGGUAGAAAGCCAGUUAAUAUCCAGAGGCCAUUUCCUCUGUGAAACUUUGCUUGGGUGUACCUCCUGCAGUUACUCUACCACAUCAAACUAACUUUCCGCAUUCUUCUUUUCCCUUUUUGUUUGUUUGCUUUUGGUGGUUGUUUCUGUCUGCUUCCAAAAAACAUGAACUUCCCAUAAGCAUGAGCUGGGGUGUUGGUUUCCAUUAUUUCCUCAAGGCUUUGUUCCAGAACCUGAUAUCUACAGCUGAAAAUACACAAACAUCGAAACGUCACUCUUCCUGGGCUUCCAGCACUCUCCAUUCUCCUGGUUACUCCACUUUCUUGCAUGUUCUUUGCCUUCCCUGCUACUCUCUCUUGCUCCUCCUCCCUACAUGUGUACAUCCACUGUCCUGACCAGGAUAGACCCCCUUGCGAUCUUGACUUCAGCUACUAGUUUUUCCUCUGAGUCUCUGUUCACAGUCAUGUGCUUAUCUGUGGUCCCAAACCAUCCUGAAAGCCAUCCCAGUGCUGAAGGAAGGGAUGAAAGACACAGAGUACCUCUCCACAGAAGAUAUUCUCGAUUUCAAGGCUCUCACUGAGCUGGGAUUGAGAUUCAGACAGUGCAGUUGGCCAUGAGGGCUCUGGCCUCCUUGGUCAUUCAGCCACAUGGCCAGCCCAUCACUGAGUUGGGGUUGAGAGUGAUCACCUCGGCUCUCUCUGCUGGUUGUUGCUAUGAGACAACCUUCAGGAGGCUGGGCCUAAUUUGCUGUGGUGUCUUUGCCCACAGUCUCUGCUUAGUCUCCUUUAUCGGGACCGAGGUGAAUAAUUUCCUUAGAUCCAAAUGCUAGGAAAAGCUAUGCUUCUCCUGAGAACUGGUACACCGUCUUCUGUGAACAAGGGAGCCAUGUGACCACACUAGCCCUUUCACUCAUCCGCCAAGAGACUCCAGGUCCACUUCUAGCUGAACUUCGCAGCUGCCCCGGAGCCACUAAAGCACUUGCGUAUUUGCUGCAGUCCGGAUGCUUUAUUUUUAUUUGUAUCUUACUAAUUUACUGCAUGCAUUUCCUGUGAGCUAUCUCAAAUCCUCCCUGGAACUAGGUGGAGAAUACAUUAAUAUUUAAAAUAAAAUAAACAAACUGCCAGUG